AGGCUGGCUCACCGAGCUGCAGUCCCCUGGAGGAGAACUGCUCGUUACCUCAGCUAAGGCCUUCUCCGGGGGUGAGUGGGGCGGACGGCCGCUGCCCCACUAUCCCGCUACACAGUACCCGGCCGAGGUGCACACUGGAGCAGUCCCGCCCACUGUGUGCCGGUGGGGGUGAUCUCGGCCCUCACCCUGUGGCCCUGAUCGAGACACUACAACUGAGGCUGGGGGGUCUAACCGCUGCAUCCAAGAUGGCGGGCGCCAUGUGUGCGGAGGACAAGGGGACGACCGGCCCUCUCAUGGGCCCACCGCAGCUCCCACCUCCCGACCUUGCCAUACGGAGGGGCGGGAAAAUCCUCUCUUACCCCCGCAGCCCCUAUCACCAACGAGGUCAACAGCAACACAGAGGAGACGGACAUACACCGCGCAUCACACAUCCCCACCUAGAAGCACGGAGCCUGCUGCCCAGCAGAGCAAUCAGACAAGGAGACCGUCCAACCACACUUAUCCCUCCCAGUCUGAAAGUGAUCGAUCCGAAAUACGGAAAACCCAUGCGGACGACACCAACCUCCCUACUAUGGCGGGCAUCAGCCCACAGAGGGAAAAAAAGGGCAUCACCACCACACCACAGCUGCAAUCC